AAAUUCGCAAAAGUGUUUUCAGGAUCGAUGUGGAUGGUCUGGAAGUGUACUUCCCCUAUGACUACAUCUAUCCGGAGCAGAUUUUUUACAUGGCCGAACUGAAGAAAUCGCUGGAUGCGAAAGCAAGUUUUGUUGUUUUCUAUGAAAAAGGGCACUGUUUAUUGGAGAUGCCAUCGGGUACCGGCAAAACUGUAUCACUACUUUCACUGGUUGUUGCUUAUAUGCUACGAUAUCCUGAUCGAUUGGAUAAACUUGUAUAUUGCUCUCGAACAAUUCCAGAAAUUGAGAAAUGUGUCGAGGAAUUGCGGAAUCUUUUCAAAUAUUAUGAGCAGUUGGACGGAAAACCACCGUCACUUUUUGCUGUGGCACUUUCGGCGCGCAAAAAUCUUUGUAUCAACGACUCGGUGUCAUCACUGCGUCAGGGAUCACUGGUCGAUGGUGCUUGUCAAAGGUAUGUUCUUUUUGUCGUUCGAAUGUUCACGGCCUGUUUUAGGAAAUUGGACUGUAUGGGUGGUUUGGAAAUUAUUGGCGAGCAGCUAAAUUACGUAGAUUUUUACGGAUGACA